GGAUCCUAAGGCCUCCUCCUCCCCCUCCCCACUGGCUGGGUUGGGGUGGAAGGGGGCGGGUGCAGCCGGCUGAGGAGCCCCGAUGAUUUCCUGCCCUCACCCGGCGCUCACCACAGCUUCCUGCCACAGGCAGGCAGGCAGGCAGGCAGGCAGGCAAGCAGGCUGAGGAGAGGCGGGUGCAGAGACGAGGGGCAGGUGAGGCUGGGGUUCAGGGUCUGUGUAGGGGUGGCUGGUGCCCCAGACUCCAACCCAGGCCCUGGCCUGAUCUCCCUGAGAUCAGGGGUCUUCCAGAGCCAGGGCUGACGCCUACUCAGCCCAACGAAGGGAGAAGACCCCGGGAGCCCCCAAGGAGGGCACAACUGUCCCGACCAGGCUCCCAGCCCGGUGCCCGCUGGGUCCUGCACCCUUGCCAGCUUAGCCCUUGCUGUGCUGCAGCUCUGCUCCUGAGGGGCCUGCAGCGAGCAGGCAGGCCUGGUCCCAGCUCCCCGCUGCAGAUGGAGGCGGUCAGCCUGAGCCCCUAUGUGCUGGGCCUCCUGCUGCUGCCUCUCUUGGCCGUGUUGCUGAUGGCACUAUGUGUGCGUUGCCGAGAGCUGCCAGGCUCAUAUGAUACCGCUGCCUCUGAUAGUUUGACCCCAAGUAGCAUCGUGAUCAAACGGCCUCCCACUCUUGCCCCCUGGCCACCAGCCACAUCCUACCCGCCUGUGACAUCCUACCCACCCCUGAACCAGCCAGACCUGCUCCCCAUCCCGAGGUCCCCACAGCCCCCUGGAGGCUCUCACCGCAUGCCAUCUUCCCGGCAGGCCUCAGAUGGUGCCAACAGCGUGGCGAGCUACGAGAACGAGGGUGUGCCUGGGACCCUGGCAGCCCUGACUGGGAGGAGGCUGGGGCCUGUCUGGGGAUCGACUGACCCUGUGUCCUUACCCCCAGAGCCAGUCUGUGAGGAUGAGGAUGAAGACGAGGAUGAGGAAGACUAUCACAACGAAGGCUACUUGGUGGUGCUUCCUGACAGUGUCCCAGCCACCGGCACUACUGUCCCACCAGCUCCUGUGUCCAACAACCCCGGCCCCCGAGACAGCGCCUUCUCCAUGGAGUCGGGGGAAGAUUACGUGAACGUUCCUGAGAGCGAGGAGAGUGCAGAUGCGUCCCUGGAUGGGAGCCGGGAGUAUGUGAACGUUUCUCAGGAGCUACAGCCUGUGGCAGGGACCAAGCCUGCCACUCCAGGCUCCCGGGAGGUGGAGGAUGAGGAAGCUCCAGAUUACGAGAACCUGCAGCCUAACUGAGGGCCUGGGCGAGGCCGUGCCUGUUCCCGAAUCAACCUGGCCUGGGAGAGCUGAGCUGGGCGGCUGGCAGUGGCUCUGAGGCACCCUGUCCCGGCUCCGGCCUGACCACAGCCUGAGAAUUUUCCCUCUAACUUAUUGUCACUUUGGGGUCCAGUCCAGUGUGGCCCCAGUACUCUGCACCUUCUGAAGCAGCCUGAGAAUGAACUUCCCUGGCCCCAGCCCUACUCUGUAAUAGAAUAAAGGCUGGUGUGGUCUGGA